ACCAUAUUGGGUUAUGAACACACGUGGGAUUCUCACUUCUUUAUAAAGUGGUGGUACCAAGUCUGAUCUUUUGUUGUCUCAGUUUCUGUGGUGUGUCACACAUGAAAGACUCAGUGGCUCUUAUUGGCACUGAAGAAUUGAACAUGGUUAUUUUCAAACUGCUUAUUUUCACUUUAAUUUUUUAUGAAUUUACUGUGGAUUUGGAUGCUGGGAUAACUUGCUCAAAAGGACAAAGAGUAACUAGAAGUGGGACUGGUUGUGAAUCCUGCCCCAUUGAAGCUUUCCAGCCUGAAGAGAAUGAUUCCCAAGUCUGCAAAGUAUGUACAAAGUGUGAAAGCGAAACGGGAAGUGUUGUUAAAGAAGAGUGCACAAAAGAGACAAACACAAAAUGUCAGUGCCGUGAAGAAUUUGUUCCCUGGGAAAGGGAUUCUUCCUCUUGCAAAUGUAGAAUUGGAUUUGGGCUGCAACUUGAAGGUCGUAAAUGUUCAAAAUGUGAAGAUGGAUAUUUCACUACACAAAGCAACUCGCAGUGCAAAAAGUGGAAAGAAUGUAAAUGUGGAGUGAAAACGAAUGGAACAAGGUCCUCAGACGUCAUCUGUAAUGAGCUCCAAGGGUGCACAACCAGUAACAUCCCUACACCAAGUGCCAACUAUCUCACUACACCCCCCACAUCAAACAAAAUGGUCUCUCUAAUUGCACGCCUAACAUCCCCCCAUCCUCAUGAGAGGGCACAUACUGAGAGAAUACCUACGGGCACCACCACCACCAUGGCCGCUCCAGGACACACAGUCACCCACAUCGGGUUGGCCCUCGUCAUACUUGGAAUUAUUGGACUGCGUGUACUGACCGCUGUGACCUGCAAACUGCACGUCACUCCUCAACCUGCCGUGCCAAAUAAUGACUCACUGUGUCGGAGACCAGUUGAGGAAAGUGGCGAGAGCAGUCUGUGCUCUGUCAAACGGAAUCCAGGGGAGCACUGAGGUGUCAAAUCAACCUGCCAGCGAAGACUGUGAAAUAUUGGAUCAGAUAAUCAGCACACAAAUUAUUAACGACCACUUAACUUUUGCUUGAAUUGUUGGUUUUACAUUAGAAGAUAGCCACUUCAGAAAGGCUGUCUGAAUUUUAGCAGGUGUAUGAAUGGUCAAUAUUUGACUUUUGUUUGUUCAGUUAUCAUUGAAUAUCGUGCAAAGUAUGUGAAAGAAACAACCUUACAGAUCAUGCAACUAAAAUAGUGUUGUAUACUAACAAACCGCACUAAAAUGCACAUAUGAUGUACAUGUAUUCUGAUGCUUUUUCAUGUCUCGUCACUUCAUAUGUUGUGAUCUGGUUUAAUGGGGCAAGUGACACUAGUCUAAGAAGUACAUAGUCUGAACGGCGUUGUAGUAAAGGUUGUAGCAAUCAAUAACUAUGAUAAUGAACGGGUGGAGAGCUUGAGAUGAAUACGUUUUACUAUUUCUACAUAUUCUGUCUGUUUCCAUUUUUUCCCUGUUUUGAUGAUUUAGUUCUGUUCCACCAGUGGCGGAUCUUCAAAGCUGAGAAUACAGCUCUCAGCAGCGUGCGGGGGUUGGGGGAGAUCCCGUACUGCCUCUUUUUCCCCAUAGCAGCAUACGUGCUCUUAUGCUUUCAUUGCAACCACUGGAAAAAUGUCGUCUAUACCUUGUAAACUCAUAAUUUCUAUUCACUAAAGUUUCGUUAAGAAACCAGAUAAACAAGCCUUCAAAUCACAGGUGGCUUGUUGUGUAUCUGACGGGUUCUGUCUGACUAAAUCUACUAGGGAAACCUAAUUUGAUUUCAGCUCACUGAUUCCUCUGACAGUGUCCUCUGUUGGAACAAACAUUUCUUACUUAAAAACUGUUGUGAAUAAAGUAUCCAGAUCAUCUUUUUAGGUACAAGUGUCACUACAACAAUGUAAAGGCACCGAUGACUUAGUAGUAAAAUGUGGACGUGAAAGUAUGAAAAGUAAAAUAUCUGUAAAAUAAAAACAAAGUCGCUGUCUGACUGAUAUUGUAAA